AUGGUUUUGAACGAUACAGAAACGUGGACGAAUUCCACUACCGUGGUGAACCAAGAAAGCUCAUUGUAUGCUUGCCCCAAAUCACCAGACUUGACGUUUGAUCUGGAUGCAACCACCUUCCCUUGGAUUUUAGUGAGUGUCAAAUCGUUCGCUUGUCUUUCGAUUUCUUUUCUCAACUCACUUGUAUUCACAGCGGUGAGAGUAAGAAAGGAGCUGUCCAAACAUUCCUACGUGCUGUUGUCCAGCUUAGCCGGUGCAGACUUCCUGGUGGGAACUCUCACGAUGCCCUUCUCCGCUAGUCUCGAUGUAUUGCUCGCCAUCCGUAGAGUGACAUACUUCUGCACGUUAGACAUUGUCAAUGUGUACUUGAUGUACUGCGCCUCCUGGUGUGCACUUUAUCACAUGACAGCGAUUGCUUGGGAGAGGUUCGUAGCCAUAACAAAGACAGUGCUCUACCCAGUGAAAGUUACAAGAGGCCGCCUUAGAACGCUGGCCACAGUAGUUUGGAUGGGGGCAAUAUUGACGACUUUACCGCCCUUUGGGUUGGAAGCUGCUGGUUUGGACCUCAUGUUCGUUGAAAUGUGGAUAUUUUUCGCGAGCAUCUGCGGUGCAGUUUCCUUAAUAGCAACCGGCUAUUUUUACGUCAAGAUAUACAUCGAAGUGCGCAAACGCAAGAUCAACCAAAUAACUCAAGUGACAGUUCUGGCUCAAGCAAAGCUCGAGACCAAAGUUGCCAAGACAGCCGCCUUGUUAACCCUCGCUUUGGUAAUUUCGUUCGUACCAGGUAUAGUUGUCAGCAGUUCCCCAACCCUACGCACAAGCACUAGCAUUCGAGUGUCAGAACUUAUUAUGCAGAUGGGCUCUAUCGUGAAUCCGCUGCUAUAUUGCUACAGAGACCGUCGCUUUAGAAACGCCUUGCUGGAGAUGUUAAGGAUGAAAAAGCCGCAAGUUAUCCAGCGGCCAGCAAAUGCAGCCAUGCCAGUGCAUCGUGUCCAAGAAAAAGUCCCCAUGAACUCCAAGAAUGCGUUGCCGAAGGAAACCUCCCGAGAAACUCGAACUGAUGGCUUUACACGUUCAGCAUCCUGUACAUCACUAAACACAGAAUUAAAUCGGCUAUCCCAUCAGACUACUUGCCACAAGACGCUAACGAGAUCCAUGUCAGCUCCAUCGUUUGCUCAGUUCAACGCCGCCUUCGAAUCCAAUUAA